AUGACAGGAGUUUUCCGUAUCUGUACAUUAUCAGUUAACAUUUUAGCCUUUCAUGCCUCAGGACUUCAUGAUCAGAUCGGUAUUUCCAUCACAGUUCUUGGCUCUUCUUUUUCCGCUCGUUUGCUUUAUUUCUGUGCUUUGUUGUGUAGUGGUGAUAAGUCAUCCUGUCCUAAGAAUCUUUCACGGGAAGUUACAAACUGUCACAGGUUCUUACACGAAGUCCUGACUAUCCCCACACCGGGUCAGGAAGUACUUAUCGCGAGUGUACGAGAUUUAACGGGGCCGCAGAGGUAUCAGUAG